AUGGUGCUGCUCUUGCCGCGGCAGCUGCUGAGCCCCAAAGAGGACGGCAUGCUCAAGCUGCUGCAGGGCAUGGCCAAGGUGUGGGUCACGGGCGGAUGGCUCCGCGACAAAAUCCUCGCGAGCCUGGAUGUGAAUCUCGCAGCCAGGUCUCACUGUCAACGUCUCGCAAAACUCUGCGGCCAGCAACAAGGGGAUCUCGACCUCGUCGUGGCGGGAAUGACCUCGGUUGAGUUCUACGGACGCUGUUCGCGUGACGAGGCAUUUCGAUCGCUGCUUCGGCGCCCACCCCUUUUGGUGGAAGCCAAGGGAGGGCGACCCAACACGGUGAAGCUCACCCUGGCCGAGGCGAUUGUGGAUGUCACCAGCCUUGCGGAUGCGAGGUCCGGCGGAGCUCAAAGUGGCCCAGCCGAAGAAGGUGAAGAGGACUCCAUUGCGCGGGACUGUCAACACAGGGACGUGAGUUUUAACGCCUUGUACCUCGAGGCUGGUGGAGAAGAGGUGCUCGAUCCCUGCGGACAGGGUGUGUCAGAUCUGUCUGCGGGUAUCGUACGGACGCCACACGCAGGCGGUGCAUUGGCUUCUUUCCGAGAAGAUCCAGUGCGGCUACUUCGCGCCUUGCGGUUCGCCGCCAGGCUUGGCUUCCAACUGGAGGAUGACCUUCAUGAAGCACUGCCAGCCGGAGAGGAGGUGCUAGCAACUCGGUUUGAACGCCAUCCUGGCAGAAUCCUUUUCGAGCUCAAGAAGGCACUUCUGGUUCACAACCAGCCGAGCUCGUUCUUGCAGUUCCUGAACUCGAACUGCGAGGUGCACAAGCUGCUCUUCGGCGACUUUGCUAGCGCUCCAAAUUUCUGGCAGGGUGCAGUGGGGAAUGUCAGGCGUCUGGAGACCCUGAUCCUGGAGGGCUUGCAGAGGAAGCAGCUCUCUGCGAGAUCCGUGCGUUUUCGAGGUCGCAUCGAGAAAGGACUGCCACCAGCUUUGCUGACGCCGGAUUGGCGAAAGCUGGAGAUCAGAGAAAACGAUUGGGUCGAGCUGCUCCUAGCGGCGUUACUUUGGCGCCGCAGCAUGCCGGAGGCUAUCGGAGACCAUGGGCAGUUAUCAGAGGCAUAUCAUUUAUCAGAGGAUUGGGCAGGAUCUUGGUAUUGCAACUUCGAUUCCGACCCAGAGAAGUGGGGCGUGGAGGGCAAAAUUUCAAAGCAACGGGACGAGACUCCACCCAGACUGCAGACGAUCACGGAAAUGAAAGCAAAUUACGGUGGCUUGGAGGACCAUACAUGGGAAGAUUGCAAGAACACGAUGCAGAAGGGCAAUGACCUUAGAUUGAUGCCUCUGCAAAUCGUCGACCCACCCUUUCGGUACAAGUGGAGUAACGCUGCAGCUCAACUAUCAGAUGCAUGCAGCAACGGACUCAAGCGUGACAAGAGACGUAUCAUGGUAGUGCUCCCGCGCACAGAGACAUCCCGAUCAGAGGUUGUGAUUGAUCGCGGGAGAUUCCUGAGAGAGCAUAUCCUUAGCCUUUUCUUGCCGUGGGAGGUGCCUCCGAACGGCAUCCAGAAGAUCGGAAAGUCAGCGUGUGAAGCGGAACUAAAGUUUCCCUUUUUCGAUGCGGUUUUAAGGCUUUCAAAGCGCAUUGAGGAGUUAUCAUUCUCGAACUCGGGCAGGGAAGGUGCGGAUAAAGCGCUCAUGCUUUCCAUCCAGAACACUCCGAAGGACGAAGGUUUUGCAGCCCAGGGCCUAGGGGAUGUUGCCCCUGAUUAUCCCGAGCAGCGGCUCCGACUCUUCCUGACAGGCGCCCGACAGCUUCUGGGACCGCUGGCCAGCACCGGAAGCAUCAACAUGUCGCUGUUCGCCGAAGCCGCAGGUGCUGACCUUGGACCAGCUCAUGCGGAAGGUGAUGGCCUUUCAAUCCCGCCGAGUUCGAAGGACAGACUAGCGCAGGAGAUCUACGCCAUCACAUCGCGGCCAGCAAAGCGACAACCGCCUGCCUUGUCGAUGCAAACGCUGGUCUUCGAGAUGCCCGGCAAAGAGCCCACCGGGACAAAAGGGCAUCGAUCUGGUGAUACGACGCACUCGUUGUCGGCUGAUGCCUCGACAGAGAGCAUCUCCAGCCAGGACAAAGCAAAGGCCAAGCCGCAGCGGCGCCCGCGUGGCUUCGGCUCCCCCCAGCGACGCAAGCGAGACCGCACCGCGGUACGGCGCCGGAAGCACAGUGAACUGGACGUGGUAGCCCGCAAGAUGGUCGAUCUGUCGCUGCUGGAGAGCAUUGGCACCGAGCAUCGGAGGAGGUCCUUCUUGCAUGAAGCGCCGCCGCCUUCCAGCGAGCCAGUUCAGGCUGACAAGGUGGAAAAGCCAGUGCCGCCGGCGCCGCCACAGAUGACGGUCGACAUAGGAAAGCUCUCUGCUGUCCUGGCGAAGCAGUGGUCCGAAGUCACGGCCGAGGAGGUGCAGGCUCGCCGUCUUGGCAUGCAAAAGCUCAAGGCGGCAAAGUUAGCACCGAAAGCCACGGUCGGAGAGACGGUCGAGGUGAUCGCACUAGAAUCGUUGUACGAGGUCGACAAAGCCAACGUCGCUCAAGAUUCCGAUGUGCGCCAAAGCUCCAAAGCCAGCGCUCUGAGCGACGUGUCGGAGAGGAAGGCAUCGAAGACUAACUCCCUGGGAAAUGCCAGGAUGUCUCGGCUUAACUCCAUGGGAGCCACCGCAGGGCUGUCGCAGACCUUGCUGGACGUGGAUGUCGAUCUUCAAGCGCAGGACAUGGCGCCUGCGGCGUUGCAGACGCACCUCACGCAAUGGCGGUCUUGGCGCCGAGAGGGACGGCUUCCCUCCGCACCAGUUCACUUGCCACCAGCACCGAUUGUGCAGCAUCCUACGAAGGCAGCCCCCGUGCGCCAGAACUCUGGAUCCGCAGCACAACCUCCGGCAGGACUGCAUCUCGACAUUUCUGUGCCAAGCAGGGCAAUCAAUGAGUACCUCAAGGAUUUCCGUGACCAAGACCUGGAUGGAGUUCUGGAGGGAAUAUCGCAGACCCCGGCAGACGACUUCGAGACCAAUGAGUUCGUGUGGCCUCCACCGAAGCGAUCCACGGAGCGCAGCCGAGGCGCUGCAGCGGCUCCACCGGCCACGAAGCUGCCCGUGGUACAAGGGCGAGGCAUUACUGAGAACAUGCCAAGCUCAACAGGAAUGCGGUGCGACAUUGUCAGCUCGGCGGGUGGGAAUGAAUGA